AUGAGUGAAGGAGGUGCUUUCCGCAAACUGGUGCGCUCGUUGAGUCGCAGCAACAAGGACAAUGACCGCCACCGCAACAAGACGCCUUCGCCUCCUCUCGGCUCGGUUCCCCUGCCGUCCACCUCGAUCGACCGACCCGAACGGACCUCGUCCCGUCACAACGCCAAGCCUUCGGGCGGCGGAGCACGAUCACCAGGCUUCAACAACCUCAGUACCAGUCCUGCCCCGGGUACGUACAGCCUUAAACCCCCUGCGUUGGCUGGCCGUCGCGCGAUCGCAUCGCUCCUUGUCGUGGAUGGGCGGACGCGGCGGGGCAGGGCGGCGGGGUAUUGAUCGGGAGACGGCUCACGUGCCGCGUGUCGCUUGGCUCGCUGCGCUUGCCCAGCCUCGGAGCUGGAGUCGGAAUUCAAACGCGGAGGACGGGUCCUGGGAUGGAUUUGCGCGGGAUCAGAGCGAUCCUAUGAUGCAGCUCCUUCGAGGGGGAAGGUUCAUGCUGCUACCAACGGCUCGGCUUGUUCGGCGCGGUGCUGCUCCAACCGUCCGGGCCAUGGGCGUUCACCCCGCGCUCCGAGGCUUCGUCGCUGAUGGCUUCUCGCCUGUCCUUCACCUCUUCGCAGAUUCCUACUUCCCUCAACCUCCUGCUCAGACAAUCCACGACAGCGAAGCGAACGGUCGAGCCCGUCAUCCCGACUCUCGCGGGGCUCGGUGAGUUCCGAGCUGAAUCUUCCUCACGAAUUGCAAGGUCUCACUGGAGCCAACUCAAACUAAAGGUGUUACGUCGUUGCUUUACUUUAACUUGUAGAGCCAAUGAUAUUGGACAAGGAACUCACGGUAUGGCCGCACCUGGCGUUGCCUUCGCGCCCUCCACGACGGGUGCGAGCCGUCUUCGACCCGACUCGGAACUCGCAGGCUGGAACCCGCCGCCGCGUCGAACGCAAUCGCAACGAGCACCCCGCGGUACCAACAACUCGGAUUCGAACCGUCAUCGAGCUGGAUCGGCGAGUCAGGCCAAUGCGAUGCCACCACCACCUCCGUUCUCCGAGAACAAUGGAGGACGCCCGCGCGACCCCUCCCCUCUGCCCCUGGGCGACCGUGAAGGCGUAUCUUUGCAGGAUCAGCCAUUGACUCGAUCGACGAGUGUGAAGCGAGUCGCGAGCGCGGUCAAAAAGGCCGUCUUUGCCCCCGUCGCUAAACAAGAUGGCGAGAAGCGCGUCAUAAUCCUCGUUGCGGACGGAUCCGAAGAGAUCGAGGUCAUGACCAUCUUUGACGUGUUGGUUCGAGCCUCGUUGGGGCCUACGAUCGUCUCUCUAUCGCCUCAAUUCUCGCCAUCCCAGUCUUUGCCCUACAUCACCUUGUCCCGAGGCGCACGGAUGUUGGCUGAUACCAAGUUCGAAACUCUCAAGCAGGAGCACAAGGACGAUUUUGACGCCAUCGUAAGUGCAGGACGAGAUCUGCUGUGGUGAGGACGAGCACCUCAUUCAGGUGCUGACUACCUCUCCUCCUGUGACCACCACUGGUAGAUCAUCCCCGGAGGUGCCAAGGGAGCGGACCGCUUGUCAUCCUCUCGCGAGGUGCAGACCUUGAUUCGAUCUUUUUACGACCAGGGCAAGCUCGUCGGCAUGAUCUGCGCCGGAUCUCUCGCGGCCAAGACGUCCGGGAUCGCCGGUGGUCAACGCAUCACCAGUCAUCCGAGCGUCAAAGGUGAUCUCGAGAAACGUGAGUACACGGUGGAGGUCCCACACGCAUGAGUCGUCUUGUAGUGGACCUGACGAAUGUGUUUUCUUCGUUCCACUGUCAAGACUACGACUAUGUCCAAGAUCGAGUCGUCGUUUCAGGCAAUCUCGUCACCUCUCGUGGACCUGGAACCGCCCUCGAGUGGGCUUUGACGAUCGUCAACAUCCUCGCCGGGAGCGCUAAGCGGAGCGAAGUAGAGGGCCCUCUGAUGAUGUGA